AUGGGAACAUGUAAUCCUUCCACUACACCAGUUGAUAUUGUACCCAAGCUCAGUGCCAUGGACGCUUCUGUAGCCGAUGGCACUCUCUAUAGAAAACUGGCAUUAGCCCUGCAAUAUCUCACCUUCACACGACCGGAUAUCACCUAUGUUGUUCAACAACUGAACCUUUUUAUGCAUGCUCCGCGGGAACCACACUUUAAUUUCAUGAAACACAUUCUUCAGUACAUAAAGGGCACUCUUGACUUUGGCAUACAUAUAACCAUCUCUCCCCGGCAUACUCUCACAACGUACUCUGAUGCCGACUGGGGAGGUGGCCCUGAUUCGCGUCAUUAUACUUAUGGAUAUUGUGUCUUUCUUGGCGAUAAUUUGGUCUCAUGGUCUUCAAAUAGGCAACCCACCAUUUCAAGAUCUAGUGCUGAAGCCGAAUAUAGAGGGGUUGCUAAUGCAGUUGCUGAAUCAUGUUGGAUACGCAAUAUUCUACUUGAGCUUCAUGAUCCGAUUCAACGGUCUAUGAUAUAUUUUGAUAACAUCUCACCAGUGUACUUAUCCGAAAAUCCAGUCUAA